AUCCACAGGGACAUUGGCAUCACGCUCCAUCUCCUGAGGCUCUCUGAGUGGCCUCCUCCAAGAUGCUCCGCUUACUGCUUUACCUGACUGCAGCCGUCCAUUUUAGUACCUGUGGUGCCAUGGACUUGUGCCAAGGAGACAACCAGUGCGUCCUGUGCACUGUGACAGGCCCCACUGUCAUCGAUAUCCACGGCCAUCUUAACUCUGUCCAGGACCGGUGUGCGUACACUCUGAUGGAGACCAAAUCAAUCCCAGAUUUAAAAGUACACGCGACCUUCAAGGAACGACGCCGUACAGAUGUUAGUUUUUUGGACAGUGUGAUCCUGCAACUGGAUGGGCCAGGUGUCAAUAUUAAUCUGGAACAAGGUGGGAGAGUUCUGGUGGACAACGUAAAGAUGACGCUCAAUGCCACGGCUCAGCUGGUUCACGGUGUGGAGCUCUCGAAGGACCAGGACGGAGUGACCGCAAAGAUGUCCCACUUGAAAUACUUGAUGACUGUCUUCUUUGAUGGCUCCACUGCACAGAUACACAUUAAAGGACCACGUGGACAAGUUCCCCCUGUGGAGGGAUUGUGUGGAAACUCCAACAGGUCGUUCAGUGAGGAGAAGGCUUCUGACUACAGCCCCACAGACUGUGAGGUGCAACACGCAGAUCCCUCUAAUAGUACGAUCAGAUGCCAAAUAAUGACUGGACGCUGUAAUCUCCUGAAGGAGGCGCCCUUCACUGCCUGCCACAGCCACGUAGACCCACAGCCCUACACAACUGCCUGUUCCAACACUUUAUGCAAAUAUCCUGCAGUGGACGGUCUAGACUGUCAGUUUCUGGAGGCCUACGUCAGAGCCUGCAGCCUGUACAGCAGUAAUACACCAACGGGCUGGAGGACAAAAGCUAUAUGCUCUGAGUCCCUUUGUCAAGAUCGUUUCUGCAGUGCUCAUGAGUUCUGCGGUCAGGACAUCCACACCAGUGAAACCCGUUGCCACUGUCGGGCCGUAUUUGCCUCCACAUACAGAUCUCAAAACACUUUAGGUGAGGCGGUCUGCAAUGAGACCUCUCGGUCGAUUAAUCUGGUUGGUUGUCUCCUGGGGGACAAAGGCAUCCAAUACUCUGACUUACACCUCUAUGACAAGACCUGCAGAGCUGAGAUAGACAAUGUGACCCACAUGGUGACCAUAGGCUUCGACAGCAAAACCAACCCCUGUGGGACGAUGGUCAGGCUGGAUGAAAACGGCAACAUUGUCAACAAGAAUGGCAUAAUCGUGGAGACCACCAAACAGGAACUGAUGGAUUUCACUUGCCCCUUUGUUAUACCAGAGAUAAAAAUCGAUUUCUCAGUGGGCAUCAAAGUCAAUAGUGCCAACAGCAGCACUGUGAUCCAGUAUGUUACAUCUGGAGUUUGGAAUUACACUCUGACCAUGAAGGCGUACACCGACGCCGGCCGUACACAGCUUGUGGAUUCGAACACCGAGCUCCACCUGGACCAGAAGGUCUGGUUUGCGCUGGAGACGGACGGGCUGGAUAGUGAAAUCAUUUCUUUGGUGACGCAAUCCUGCUAUGCAACCAGCGAACCAUCACCCGAUGCGAGUCUGAGAUAUGAUCUCAUCAUUGAUGGCUGUGCGAACGCUGCUGACAAAACUGUGCAAGUGGAGCGCAACGGAGACGGAACAUCCAGUUACUUCUCCUUUAACAUGUUCGAGUUCUAUGGGCAAAAUGGACAAGUCUACCUGCACUGCAAGCUGAACCUGUGUGUCAAAGAAGGCAACACCUGUGCUCCGAGCUGCAACCCGACUUCAAGGACACGCCGAUCCACCAGGUAUAAAUAUGCAGAUGAAAAACCAGCCAUCCUCAUCAUGGCCUGGAAUACUUAGGUUGCCUCCAUGGUGACUCGGACUGGACAACAAGCAGUAGAUCUCUGCAACGAUUGCUGAUCAAGAAUCUGGACACCUGAAUCCCUUCAAUUUUGUAAACGACAUCUCCUGAAAAGAUUAGCUCAGUUGUGAUUGCUCUGAAGCCAUUCAGCACACAGAACUGUAACAACCAGACAGCGCCGACCCUCCUCCAGCAUCGACUGGGUUGAUUCAGUUCAGUUCUGAGUUUCCAAGAAUGAUUAAUCUGAGAUGGUUUAUUUGAUUUAAUCCAGUUGGGAGGCGAAAACCACCUUAAUGAUCAGCCAAAUCCAUAAAAUGUGAACAUUACAACCAGAGCAUGGAUAGUUUCUCAUCAACAUAUCUGAGCAAAUCUUUGACUGAGUGUCCAGAAUGUGUUGCUGUGCCCUCCUCAGUGAUUUACACAUUAUACAAACCAAACAUGCAGCCCAAACACAAAAGAGUUUUAGUAAUAUUUCUUUAAAGAUGCAAAUCUUGAUAGAACAGUUUUCAGCAGACCAGGGAAGUGUUGCACCUUUAUACACUAUCUCCAGGAUGUUGCACGGUUUUGUCAUAAUUGUUGUGGCCCAAAAUUAUUUUGUUUACUGUAGCUUCUCUGCAAACUGCAAACAGGCUUCUAAUUAGAGUUUUUCAGAAAUAUUUUGAAGAUUGGACAAAAUUUGAAGCUCAUAAACGGUUGAAUUUACAUUAAUUCCAGUAAUUACAAGAUUGGGAUUUCCUGGAGGGACUAGUUCUACUACUUGAUACUUUCACUCUACUGAUACUAACAUGGUGAAGGGAUAUAAAUACUAUGCUACCAUAUAAAUACUAUAUUUACAGUCCGACCUAAAAACAACCUAAAAUAUAUAAAACAUAUUAGGAAUAGUUGAAAUAGUUUGACAUUAGGAUAAAUUGGGAGCAUUUGCUUUCUCUCUGAGAGUGAGAUGAGAAAAUUGAUCAUUAAAGGAUACUAAUGAGCAGAGCCAAACCAACAAUAAAUUCAUCUGCUUACAAUUAUCAUAUGUGUAUCUAAAGCCUGAUAUAUCUUAUUCCUCU